AGCAGAGAGGAUCCCACAGAUAAACCCAGCCUGGAAGCUUCUCCCUAGCUCAACUGGUUAUUGCUCAGCGGCAGCUCUUACUCAUGUGAAUUUAGGUGGAGCUCCCUUACUCCCUCUGUCCCUCCCUCUUUCCCUGCCUGCCGUGUCUCUCCUGAUUAGAAAGCUUUUUCUCAAGCAUCUGCACAGGCGCUCAUAGGUACCAGCCAGUGCUCGCUUCCCGGGGGCUUUGUAGAAGCUUCCAUUGCUCUGCACUGCUGAGUCCGUGGCAGAGACAGCUGUCCUCCUCCCAUCAGUGUCCCCUGCCCUGAAAGAUGGUGAAGUACGGCCUUGACUACACGCGGUGCAGAUGGAUCCUACCUCUGCUCCUGGGCAUAGGUGUCAUCUUCGGUAUCAUCGCACUGGCGGGAAGGGGCUGGCUGGAGUCGCAGACCUUGCCCUAUGUGCACCAAGCGUCGUUAUGGGAGAGCUGCAGGAGACCUGAGCAGGGUGGGGAAUGGUCCUGCGAGUCCCUCAUGGAUUACGCUUGGGGAAGAGCUGCUGCUGCCACAUACCUGGUUGGCUUUAUACUUCUAGUCAUUUGUUUUGCUCUGGCCAUCAUAGCAUUUGCUAUUGACACACUUCGAUUCAACUUCAUACGCGGGAUUGGAGGCUUGCUUUUUGUCGCUGCUGUAUUCUCCAUCAUGGGCCUGGUUAUUUAUCCAGUAAAGUUCUCAACUGAAAUUGAAAUGACGGGAAUCAAUAUGUUCAGCUGGGCCUAUGGCUUUGGCUGGACCACUGCCAUUAUGGAAAUAUGCUUGGGAUUCUUCUUCUGCUGCCUUCCUAACUACGAAGAUCAAAUCUUGGGUAAUGUGAAGCCCACAUAUUUUUACUCUUCCCCGUAAGCACCAGGAAAAAAGGGUUCGUAUUCCAGAGGUAUCUGUCAGACCAGCUACAUUUUCUAGAAUAUUGUCGUUGGAUGUUAGUAGAAAUGGCUGGAAACUUUUCAAAUGCGUGUAGAAAAAUGAUACUGGAAUUCCACAAUAAAGUUAUCCACUCUAUUUUGGACCUUCAUAGUUGAUGUGCAUUGGUUAGAUAGUCUAAACAUUAAAAACACUUGUGUUUCCUCAUUCAUUCCUGUGAGUGAGGUAUGUGUGCAUUCCACUGCAUCUUAAAGGCAUUCAUUUUUCUAAUUAAAUUCAGAAAAGCUUUUUAAACUGCCAAGAAACUAAACAAUAUAUAGCAUCUUCCUGAGGGAAAGGAAGACCCCACCCCCCCCAUUUUGUAUGUAUUAUCUUUAUCCUGAAGAUAUUGCACAUUUUUUAAGAAGCCAAAUACCUUUACCCACUGACUGCCAGAGUAGUAAAUUAGUCAGCCAGCACUUCAUAGCUUUGCUUCCAUUUCUCAUUCAUUCACUUAAGACUUAGAGACAGGGUAGGACAAGGACGAGAGAAGCCCCCUAUCAAAGAUAGGAUCUUGACUUUUACCCAUCCAUGUGGAAUAUAAGUAUUUAUUUCUAAAUACCUGUAAGAGUAAGAAAGGACCUUCAGUAAACUUAAAAAUCUCAGUGUGCCAUUGAUAGGGCCAGCACAGAGUGGGCAGAGGUAGAGGCAAUUUCAAGCCACUCCUGCAACCUGGUUUGAAGAGGCUCCUGGUGUGGCUUUGUUCAUGAGCAUCUGCCUCUUCUAACUACUGUAUCAAGAUCUAUGUCUUUAAAAAGCCCUGCUAUACUGGUCCAGCCCUUUUAUCCACUGUAGAAGGGUCAAGAAGGACUUAAGCAGAGCUAUACUGUUGUACAUUACUGUAAAAUGUAUAAGUACCUCUUACCAUCUUAUACUAAGGCUCUCAUAGAGAAAAUCAUGUCAUAAAGCACAUUUCAGAAUUUUACACUCCAGAGUGCUGCAAGCAUCAAUAUACUGCAAGCAAUGAAGUAUUCUCAAGCCUCUGCUGGUUUCUGCCUUGUUAACCCUAACUUUAUAAUGCUCCAUUUCUUCUCUUAAGUGAAAAAAUUGAUAAUUUUGCUAUGAGGAGAAAUAAAUCUUUAUCAAAAUCCUUAGCUACAGAGGUUUAUUACCUUGUAACACAUCUGCAAUUUUUUAACUAUGUGUACCCUGCCAAAUAUCUUCACUGCAAAGAAUGAGGGAUAGAAAACAUUUUUUAGUAGAAGCUCUGGGUAGCUAAAAUUAAUGAAGACACCAGA